AAAAAAAGUAGUCUGGCUGUGGUAAGCGUAAUUUGAAUAAAAUCAUUUUCUGAGGUAUACAUUAUCAACUCCAAUGCGUGGCAGACGGAUAAUAGGGGAAAAGCUCAUCGGCUUAUAGCUCAAAGUAUUCUCUAAUGCAAAUUGAAAUAGGUCAUUUGAGAACAGACAAUGAUUAUCAAAAUACUUCAGUGGAAGAGCGUAUAUGAGUAUACACAACCUGGUUGCCUUUUUACAGACAACUAAAAAAAAAGGAAUUUAAAAUCGGCUCCCGAUGAGAGCUUCACAGAUGUUCUAGCUUGAAAACAUGAUAUUUUUUCUCAUGAAGUACGAGUGCAAUUAUUAUCACAGCCAUCAAUACUUGGAAUGAUCGAUGAAACCAUUGAAUCCACACGAAAACCUCGCAGAACUCUCAAGACGAGCGCCAUAGAAAGGUCAGUGAGGUCAACAAAACCAUUGGCUUACUGACUGCUUUUAUAAUCUAUGUUGUAAACAAAAUAUAGCUCAUUCGAGCAAUCAAAUUGGCAUUUAUUUAAAGUCAAGAAAUGAUAGCAGCAUGUAAGAAUAUUGACAUGAAUUCGGACAGUACAGGUGUGCUCUAGAAUAGGCAAAAUACAGAUAUGGAGACGCUGCUUCCGUACCUGCGAGAGAAAUGCAAAUGUUCUCUGUGCAGCGAAGUCCUGACAGAACCAAAAAUAUUGAGGUGUUUUCACGUAUACUGCCAGAAAUGCCUCCAAGCCGAGACUAAUGAAGCCGGAGAGAAAAGUAAAAUAUUGAAAUGCCCUUGCUGCCUCGAGAAAACAGAGACUGCGAACGGUGAGGCGAACUAUAGCAUCUUGCAUUCACGAUUUCUGGAAGUUCUCUCGAUUAUGGAGUCGAAUACGAGCGGCAAAGAAUGUGAUAUCAAGUGUGCGUGUAAAAAUAGAUUAAUCGCCAUCGCUCACUGCUUUGACUGUUCAAGAUAUUUCUGUGAGAACUGUUUGGAAGCUCACAAUAAAAUCAAUGACGAGCACAGAACUGUACAUUUUGCGGGUUUCCAAGAAGGAGAUUACUAUGGGAUACUUCAAAGACAAUCGUUCUGCGAGCGGCCAAAUCACGGUAAAGGGUUGUUAAGUUUUUACUGCGGAACAUGCAAACGAAGUGUCUGUCAGUGUUGUAUCACAACAGAGCAACAAAAUACCGCUCACGAAAUCUCUGGUCUUGACUCUAAGGGUGAAGCGCUCAAGUACAUUCUCCAGGGCACUCUAGAUAUCUUGAAGAUCAAAAGAAAAGAGGAAAAGAAGAAAAAUAAGCUACUGGAGGAAAUUAUUUCUAAGGUCAAGAUAGACGCCGAAGAGGCGAAAGGCAAGGUAGCGACAGCGGGAGAGAACCUUAUUUCAUUCAUUACAGAAAAUGUGGUCGAGCUUAUGGCUGAGAUAGAUAAUGAAGUAGACCAAGUUAUCAGAAAAAAGACGCAACAAGAGCACCUGUUACUACAGACAGAAAAAGCCGUGGAUUUUAUCAGCGAACUGGCCGCGUUUGGCUCUCCACAAAUUAUGCUUUCCACCAUGGAGUUCGUUCACGAGCGUUAUAAGGAGCUUAUCGCUCUACAAACUGACCUCGACGACAUGUCACACAGAAUCAAGUUCAUGCAAAGCGAGGGGAGCCGUAAACUCAAGGAACAAGGGCUGGGGUCACUGAUCGACCCUAUCAACAGUAUAAUCCACGUGGAACCGCCGCUCGAGGCGCUAUCACCGGUUCAUCUGAGCGUGUUCUGUAAACAUGUCAAUGACUUGUCCAGCGUGUUUGAGGAUGUUGUAGAUGUGAAGAUUAGCCCUGUAGAGGAUGUCAAGCUGCUGCUAGUAUCUGAUAGAAAGGGCGAGAAGUACGCUGUGGAAUUCACGCCUAAAGUGCCACAGAAGUACAUUGCAGAGGUGACGAUUAAUGGAGAGCAUGUGAGUAAUAGUCCACUGGAAUUGGAGGUGAAGCCCCAGCACCUGCGCAUCAUCGCCGAAUACGAGCUACAAGGGCUGACCGAACCACUUGGAAACUCCUGGGGCAUCGCCGUCAACAAGAGCAACACAAUGAUCGCAGUGACCUUCUGGGAUUCCCAUAUCACGGCCGUAUUCGCCAUUGACGGGACAUUCCUGAGGGCCUUCGGGAAACAAGGGAGCCCAUCCGAACAGCUGAAUAAUCCUACGGGCGUGGCGUUCCUUAAUGACGACUAUGUGGUAGUGGCGGAUGAGACAAACCAUAGGAUCAGCAUCUUCGAAAGCACAAGCGGUAAGUGCCUCAAGACGAUAGGCGAGAAAGGUCAAGGAAACGGCGAGUUUAGCGCACCUGACGGGGUCCACGUGGAUGAGCAAGGUCUCAUAGUGGUCUCCGAUUACAUGAACAACCGCGUGCAAGUGUUCUCCGGGGACGGCACGUACCAGUUCCAGUUCGGCCUGGGGGAUGAGUUCGAGGAGACCAUCCAUCCAGUAUGCGCCAUCUCUCACGGCGACACCUUUAUCGUCUCCGAUUACGGAAAUGACGUCAUACAUGUGUUUGACAAGCAGGAGGGCGCGGUUACCAGGCGAUGCGUGAUUGGCAAGCAGGGGAGUGGAGACGGGGAUCUUUGGUGCCCUUGGGGGUUGGCGGUGGAUAAUGAUGGAAAUAUCCUUGUCUGCGAUAUGAAUAACUACCGGAUCGAGAAGUUCACGCUGGAUGGACGGUUCGUGGGUAAGACCACCGAGAAUAUUGGCCAACCUAUCUUCUUAGCUGUGCUUACUGAUGGGCGAAUAAUUGUGAUGGAUGAUAAGUCUAAAAGGAUGCUGCAUAUUCAUUGAGUUGUGCCAGUCGCAAUAUCGUGCCGCAAGCAAAACUAAAUGCUGCAUCAAUCCUGCACCAUGAAGAAGGGGUUGAACCAGUUUAAAAGGAUCCUACCCUUUACUGAGUUAAGGACGGCAUUGUGCCACAGAACGUUGCUGCAAGUCUUUCACCAAUAAAAUGGAACUGAACCAGUUAGAGCAAGGUACAAAAACGAUCCAUCUCGUCCUUGAGUUGAACAGCCUUGUUCACAAGCAAACAGAAAUAUGCUAUAAGCCUUACGCCAUGUAGAGAGAAUUACGUCUAGUUGAGCAAGGCACAAAAAGGAUCCAAUUCUUUAUUGAGUUUCCUGGUGUCUCGCGAAAACAGGUAACAUGACGCAGGUAGCAUUUUUUGCAAUUACAAGAAGGAAUUACGUUUCAAGACUAUUCGUAAAUUUGCCAUGAGAGGGAUAGGAAGGCAUAGGUAAAAUCGUAUGUAAAAAGUCUAGGACUUGGCGAUUCUUCCAUAAGAAAAAUAAUAACGAAGAGACGCAAGUGACGGAAGCGGUGCGUACACCUAUAUCAAAUGCGGAACAUUAGAUAAAAAAAAUAGGCACGCAUUACAAUAGCCACAUGCUCGUAUGUGGCUACUGUAAUUCAUUCGUCAUGUAUUAGAUUUUCAAUUUAAAAAUAGGACAAUAACUUAUUAAUUCAACAGAUCUCAUUUUAUUUUCAACAUAUAAAUUUAACAAUAUUUCAAAACAUAAAUGAAUAAUCCACACAAAGCAGAAAAUAAAAGUCCCCAAAUGAAUGUCUUUGCACCAAUAAGAAAUUAGGGGUUUAUGCAUAUUUGUUGUGAUUAAUUUUUGCCCCGAAAGACAAUAUGAAGAAAUAGCAAAGGAAACAGUGCUUGAAUGCUGUACCUGACAGUUGGCAAAAAUAACAAGAAAUGGUCUUAAAAAAUACCGUGUAACUUCACGAGCACAAGUUGGGAUGAAGCAUGAACCAUGUGCGACUCCAAGAAUUUGUUCUUUGAUCAGUAUUUAGACCUGCAUUCGGCCAUGUUGACGAUAAUCGGGAAAUGAUAGCCGUAUUGUUAUUGGUUAGAUUUUGCCAAAAGAAAUUUAAUAUAAGCUGUGUUGUGAUUGCCUGGAAAGAGCCAAUAGAAGACGUGCUUUGAAUAGCUAUUUAAACAUUCCGUUUCUUACACCAUAUUACACUAAUCACGAUGAUAUUAGUGCCUUCUGCUAUCGCAGCAGCCACUUAAAAGUGAGUUGAAAAAACCAGUAUAUAAGCCGAUAAAUUUAUGUUAGCUAGGGAGAAUCAGGGCAAUUGGAAAUUACACAAGUAGUCAAUUGAAUCGAAAGCGAACAAAUCAGAUCAACCCAACAAUCCGUUCUUGUAAAACGGAGGAUUCGGGGAAUAAACGAAUUCCAACAUA